AUGGAGUUUCCCUGCCCACCGAACUUCAUAGUACAUGAUGUUCCCUCAGAAGAGUUAACUGUGGCAGAUAAAAAAAAAAAAAUGACAGCCAGACUUCUAAGAACAGCCCUUCCUUUGCUCUUCUUCGCCCUCUUUGGGGUCCUGGAGGCGACAACAAUAUCGUGCAGAAAUGAAGAAGGCAAAGCUGUGGAUUGGUUUGCCUUUUAUAAGUUACCUAAAAGGCAAGACAAGGAAAGCAGACAGACGGGGUUAGAGUACCUAUACCUAGACUCUACAACCAGGAGCUGGAGGAGGAGUAAGCAACUAAUGAAUACCACCAACAGUGUGUUGGGAAGGACAUUACAACAGCUCUAUGAAGCAUAUGCCUCCGAGAAUAACAACACAGCCUAUCUAAUAUACAAUGAUGGAGUCCCUACAUCUGUGAAUUACAGCAGAAAGUAUGGACACACUAAAGGUUUACUGCUGUGGAACCGAGUGCAGGGAUUUUGGCUAAUUCAUUCUAUUCCCAGAUUUCCUCCAGCUCCUGAAGAAGGCUAUGAUUAUCCACCCACAGGGAGGAGACAUGGACAAUCUGGCAUCUGCAUAACUUUUAAGUACAACCAGUAUGAAGCGAUAGAUUCUCAGCUCUUGGUCUGUAACCCAAACAUUUAUAGCUGUUCCAUCCCAGCCAUCUUUCACCAGGAGCUCGUUCAUAUGCCCCAGCUGUGCUCCAGAUCCAGCUCAUCAGAGAUCCCUGACCGGCACCUCACUGCACUUCAGUCAGCCCGGGGCCAAAAAUUCCUCCAUUUUGCAAAGUCUGGUUCUUUUCUUGAUGACAUCUUUGCAGCCUGGAUGGCUCAACGGUUGAAGACGCAUUUGCUAACAGAAACCUGGCAGCGAAAGAGACAAGAGCUUCCUUCAAACUGUUCCCUUCCUUACCAUGUCUACAAUGUCAAAGCAAUUAAGAUAUCUGGACACUCUUAUUUCAGUUCUUACCAGGAUCAUGCCAAAUGGUGUGUUUCCCAAAAGAGGACCAAAAAUCGCUGGACCUGCAUUGGAGACCUAAAUCGGAGCCCAUACCAAGCCUUCAGAAAUGGAGGAUUCAUUUGUACCCAGAAUCAGCAUAUUUACCAUGCAUUUCAAGGAUUGGUUUUGUAUUAUGAGAACUGUAACUAA